UGAACAGUGCUGUGUGGUUGUUGCAUGCAGAGACAUUGUUGCAACACACACAGGCACGCACACACAUUCGGAGAAGCCCCACACUUCUUUGGAACUUCCUCUGGCUUGCUGACUUAUAAGUGAGUGACUUGAAGUGGGUUUGUAGCGGGACCAAAGUUCAGAGUGAAAAGUUGGCGCUGUUCAGCCGCAAAUUUACACAAAGAUGGAAAACACAACAACACCUGAAUAUGAAUAUGACAUCUAUUCAAUUAAUGGGACAGAAGAACCAGUCGGACCAUGCAACCACGACAGUUCUAACCUCCUGGGAGCUCAGCUAUCAGUCGUCUACUACUUCAUGUUUGUCUUCAGCCUCCUUGGUAAUGGGCUGGUCCUGAUCAUCAUCUAUCGGUUUGAGAGGCUGACCACUGUGACCAACAUCUUGCUGCUGAACCUGGUGGCGUCCUCCCUCAUCUUCAUGAGCAGCCUUCCCUUUGUGGCCGUCUAUAUGCAGCUCUCUGAAUGGAUUUUCAGCUCAGCUAUGUGCAAGAUUGUCUUCAGUGCCUACUACCUGGGCUUCUACAGCUCAGUUUUCUUUUUAGCUCUGCUGACAUUUGACCGACACCUGGCUGUUGUGUAUUCGCUGACUGCCACUCCUGUGAGGAAUCGACGUUAUGCAGUCAUUUCCUGUAUGGUGGUGUGGCUGGUGAGUGGUUUGGCUUGCAUUAGGCCAAUGCUCAUCAUGACCAAAUUUAAAAGCUUUAACAAGACAUAUUGUGAAGAGUAUCCCCAUAUCCUCCCAAAUAUAGAUGUGAUAACGCUGAGAAAUGCAGGAUUUUUUAUUCAACUUUUUGUAUUCCUCAUCCUCCCUCUGGCUGUUAUUAUCUACUGUUACAUCAGGAUCGCAAUCACAGUCAUAUCAUCCAAGAUAGCUACUAAAUUCAAGACGGUCAGACUGAUCUUUGUCAUUGUACUGCUGUUUUUUAUCUGCUGGACUCCUUUCAACAUAAUAGAGCUCCUGCACGGUGAACUCGAAAGCUGUGAGGCUAAACAGAAACUCAAUUUCGCUCUUCAGGUAACCCGGAACAUGGCAUACUUUUACUUCUGCAUCAGUCCAAUCUUUUACACAUUCGUAGGGAGAAAAUUCCAGAACUACUUCAGACAUCUUGUGGUUACUCGUUUCCCAAGCUUGAAGAAGUACAUUUCUGUUACUGAAAUCAGCAGAAAUAAUAUGUCUACUAAAGUGACAGGGACUGACACUAGCGAUGGGAGGGGAAGCUUGAGCUUACUAAGACAUCAGACAGAUAAUAUGACAAAUAAACAUGAGAAUGUAUAUGAAAAGCAUUAGUUUGAUGAAAGCGUAUGCAUAAGAAAAAAUAUCUGCUAACCUUGGCUGUAAUAAUACAGUCUUGGUAUGAAUUUGCAAUUCUAGACCUUCUGUUGAUUUUCAUUAAUAACUUCCAGAAAAUAAAUUAUAUUAAUUCAAAAUGAUAGGGCUGCACAGUGGCGCAGUUGGCAGAGCUGUUGCCUUGCAGCAAGAAAGUCCUGGGUUCGAUUCCCGGCCCCGGGUCUUUCUGCAUGGAGUUUGCAUGUUCUCCCUGUGCAUGGUGGGUUCUCUCCGGGUUCUCCGGCUUCCUCCCACAGUCCAAAAACAUGACUGUCAGGUUAAUUGGUCUCUCUAAAUUCUCCCUAGGUGUGAGUGUGUGUGUGAAUUGUUGUGUGUCCUGUGCUGCCCUGCAACAGACUGGCGACCUGUCCAGGGUGAACCCCGCCUCUCGCCCGGAACAUAGCUGGAGAUAGACACCAGCAACCCUCCUGACCCCAUUAGGGACAAGUGUGAACAGAAAAUGGAUGGAUGGAUGGAUAAUUCAAAAUGGUCCUAAACAUGCAGCAGAAAUUUAAAGUAAUAUUACGUGUAAAAUGCCCUUGCAAAAUACAUCCAUCUGCGUUGGCCCCUCUGCCUUAUGAUGCUUAUCCAAAAUGCAGCCAACUGCGUGAGCGCGUAUGACAACUGGACGGGGCAACCUGCAACAAACAAAAUAUUCAGAGAGAUUCCACAGACACUGGCUGUCCAAGGGUAGCGGACGACGUCAUUAGAACUUCUACCGCAUAACCCGCCCGGUUAGUUCUCGGCUAGAGAACUAACUGAGACUUGACAAUGGAGAAAGCUUGGGUUUUUGUUGUAGCACUGGUAUUACCCUCAAAGUGAAAAGGCACGUUUAUACUCAGUGCAGCACUGAUUCAUAAUGAAACCAGAAUCAGUCCGUGUGUGGGUUACCACCUGGUACUACAACUGACUCCCACAGUCCAAAAACUUUGCUGUUGGGUUAAUUGGGCCCUAAAUUGUAGCAAGAAGCCCUUUCUUCCUAAAAAUCACUUAAAAGUCUUUCAGAAGACUGUAUUAAAGUCCAAGUAAACCAAAUUUUAACUUUAUGCCCUAUUUACAAAAAAUAAGUUUAGCUCAAAAACACCAGCAUACUACUAAAAGAAUACCAUGGCAUCUUGUUCGGGGGUUACCUUCUCUCCGACGUUGCUAAACAUUUUGCCAAAGUGGAUGAAAUUAUGACCAGUUGUAAAUAUUUGUCAGUUUUCACCUAAAUUUGUCAGAAGAUUUUAGUUUCAAAAUAACCCUCCAAGAAGCCGUAUCAAGAAAAGUUUCACAAGAAGAAAUAUAAAGUUUGUUUUUAUGUUUUUUCCUCUGACAGAUUUGUUUUUCAGUCGAUUUGUUUAUGAUAAAUUUCACAUGAGAAGUUAUGGACCGUUUACAUCCUCUGCGUAUUGAGGCAACUUGCCAAUCAUUGGGGGACUCUACAUAGUCUGAAAAAAAAAAGGCGUCGCCAUUGAUACAGCACAGGGUUUCGUUCUCAAAUCAAAAUGUCAACGUUCACGGGGACAAAAAAUUGCCAACCUUUAAAAGCUGAUGACUCAAGAGAUAAUUUAGAAACUGUCAUUUAUUAUUACACCUGCUGUACCGAUACCAGUAUGAGUCGAUGAAGGUUAACAUCCCGAAUGUACAUAUGUGAAUAGAUCUGUAAAUAGUUUGUGAUUCUGGUUUCUUUUUCAGUGUUUUGGUUUGAUCUGACUGAAAUGACAGUAGAGAGAUCUCUUUAUUAAACUGAUCUUGACUUUCUUGUUUGGUAACUAGGAUCCAUUUAGAACGUAUAUAUUUGACAUCUCCGAUUUGAUUGAGUUGACUCUUUGGUUUCAUUUUGUAAAGCACUUUGAGACGUGCUACAUCUGUAAGUACUUUGUGAUUGUAGUUGUAGAGCUUUUCUUUUUACAUUGAGUCUGAUGACUCAGUUGUAAUUCAACAGUCAACAGUUCAACAUUAAGUUGAAUCUUUUACACGUUUGUAGUGUUGUGGAUUAUAAUGUGUUGUUUAUUAUUGUUUUUUUUACUUAGCUUGUUUUUUGUGUGCAAAAAUUUGUUGUAUUUCCAAAAAACAUUUUUUUGUUGUCAGUUGCCAUCCAGUUUGGAUUUUGCAUUUAAAGUUGAUUGUUUUGUGCUCAGGAAUAAAAACAACUCAAAA